AUGGGUGGCGCAAGCAGAGAAGGCGGCAAGGUUAAGCCCCUCAAGGCGGCCAAGAAGGAGAAGAAGGAUCUCGACGAGGAUGACCUCGCUUUCAAGGAGAAGCAGAGAGCCGAGGCCAAGGCGAAGAAGGAGCUGCUAGACAAGGCUAAGGGCAAGGGCCCGCUGAACACAGGCAGCCAGGGUAUCAAGAAGUCUGGGAAGAAAUGA